AUGAGGGAAGGAAAGGUUUCCAAUGAAAUGGAAGGACUGACGGACAAAGUGGAGAUGCAAGACAUCUGCUUAGAAUGUCUGAAGAACGCUUUGCCUUUUCGACCAGUAACCAAGCAUCGGUCGAAUGGCGUGGUGCCUCACCAGAGCUGGGUCUUACCUUGUAAUCCGAAAAAUCAUCUUCCUACCAACCACUGCGGAGUAACAAAAGCUUUGAUUACAGGUGGCGCGGGUUACUUAGGACAUAACCUUGGGUGCACAUUGAUCAAAUUAGGAGUGUCUGUUGUGCUGUUUGAUGUACAUGAGCCGGAAUGGGAAAUCCCAACUGGAGCUGUGUUCGUGAAGAGUGACAUUAGGGACUGUGAUUCCCUGUACAAAGCCAGCGAAGGAGUCGACUGUGUGUUCCAUGUUGCUUCUAUUGGAAUGUCGGGAGUUCAUCAACAAUGGAUUGAGUCAAUAAACAUCGGAGGGACAAAAGUCGUCAUUGACGUAUGUAUUCAGAGAAGUAUACCCAGCCUAAUUUACACUAGUUCUGUUAAUGUGGCUUUUUCUGGCAACUGUAUAGUGGAUGGUGAUGAGGAAACUGUGCCUUAUAUACAGCUGGAUAAGCAUACGGACCAUUAUUCCAGGACGAAGACUAUUGCUGAUCAGAUGAUACUGGCAGCCAAUGGAUCAGUACUAAAAGAUGGCAAUACACUUCAUACCUGUGUGCUACGACCACCUGGUAUUUAUGGACCUGAUGAGAGGAGACAUUUACCCAGACUUGCUGUAAAUAUUGAAAGAAGACUACUGUGUUUCAAAUUUGGAAGUAACAGCACCAAAAUGAACUGGAUUCACUUGUGCAAUUUGAUAGAAGCUCAUAUCUUAGCUGCCAAAGGCCUGACUUCUAGCAAAGAAUUUAUAGCAAGUGGAAAAGCAUAUUACAUACAUGAUGGGGAAAAUGUGAAUUUAUUUGACUGGCUUCAUCCAUUGUUUGAGAAACUGGGCCUGAAUGAUCCAUGGAUAAAGAUUCCCUCUUCAUUAGUGUACACUGCAGCAUAUCUUUCAGAAUACAUGCAGAUUGCAUUAAGUCCAAUUUUCCAUUUGAAUCCAUUGCUGACUACAAGUGAGGUGAAGAAAAUUGCGGUCACGCACACGUUCCGGAUUGAUAAAGCUCGGAAGGAACUUGGUUUUAACCCAAAGAAAUUCUCCUUUGAAGACUCAGUUGACUAUUAUGUCCAAAGCAGGAGGAAGUCCUCCCAGAACAAGAUCAUCUUCAGCAAAUUCAUAUUUGUCAUGAAAAAGCUGGCAAAUGUUGGCCUAGGGAGCGAUGGUUUUCUCACAGAUCCCAGGAAAUGUCCCAGUUGCCGCAUGAUUGAGAGCAAUAUGUGA